CAGCCGCUCAUCUUUAAGAGCCCCAUUUUGCCAAAUAAACAUAUUUCUGAGAGUCCAGUCUACAAAAUGUAAACAUAACAAAAAUGAUACACUUGUACAAAAUUGUCAAAGUGUUACCUAAAUGACAUUUAGGUAACACUUUGAGUCUUUAACUUCUUAAUCAUUCUGUCCUCAUAUCUACUUAAUAUUUGUAUGCUUUUGUUUUAAGACGCAUCCCGAACUUUGUCCAUUAACAGAGACCACAUGUUUUUUUUCCCCUAUAAUAAAAAUGCUGUUUUUUGAGGAAUAAAUCUCAUCUCUGUCUCAUCAUAACACUGUAGAUUAGUGGCAGACAGUAACGUGUAAGUCAGUCUUAUGAUGAUGGACCUAUCCUAACAUGUAAAGCCGGUGGAGCUCCCCCUUUAACAGGAGUUUGAAGUUCAAACCGCCUCAUGUUUGACAUGUAAGAUCCUCAUCUUGUGUUAACGCAGUUGGUUGUAGCUGGUCUCUGAGGUUUUCUUCUUCUUUGGUUGAAGAAUUUGGGGAGUCUGUGGUUUGCUCUGAGAGUCAUAUGACCUAGUCAGCCUGAGAGUCAUAUGACCUAGUCAGCACCGAACAGGCGUUUCACAGUAACUGCAAACUCAGCGAGGAGGAGGAGGAGGCAGCCUGCGGAUGGAUCCAAUAAAAAAACUCAGGACACUUCUGAAGUCUUUUGGUACUUUUGUAACUUAUCGACCAGCUGCAUGUGUAUGAAGUUGCCUUUGUGGGAUGUUAUAGAAUGAUCGUUUGGUAGUUGGAGAUUUUUUUUUUUCCCAGCCCAGUAGAAGAGCAACCUUUUUUGACAACAGUGUGGACCCCAUCAGACAGGGUCACACGUUUUUAUUUAACAUCCGUUUCCUGUAACUAAAUACACACGACGCUUUCUCACCAAAAAGCGGAGCGUAAUUUGGCAACCUUUACGCACUUUACGCCUGCGUAUUUUGCGCAUCAUCAAGUGGAGCGGCAGGCACUCGUUUUUCAAACUACACUGCAAAAAAUAUCCGCUUGAACGAAUGAUAUUUUCUUUUUCCAUUGACAUUUGUUGUUAAAAGUUCCUGAAACGCGUAAAACAGCAUUUUCAGUGGGUAGACUGUUCUCGCCUCCGUGGCAGAAAUUUGAUUCGGUCGCAAAGUCGGGUUGUAAAAAACUUUAAACAACUUGGUCCGGUCAUCUUUUGCAGCGUCGGCAGUAAAAACCACGUCAUUGUGCCAAACAACUCCCCUUUUCCCUCCCUGUUGGACCAACAUCCCCAGUUUGGGAGCGACUGGAUAAGGUUUUUGGGAUCGGAGACGCAAAUCAUGAUGACCGGAUUUCGACUAAACUUUACGCCGCUGAAGGAGCCUCUGGGCUUCGUCAAACUGGUGGAGUGGCUCACGGCCAUAUUUGCUUUUGGGUGCUGCGGCGGAUACUCGGGGAAGAACAUCGUAUCUCUCUUCUGCGGCGACGGCAGGAAUGAGACUCUCGAUGCCAACUUUCACUACCCAUUUAGGUUAAGCCAGGUCCCGCUCGUCGAGGGGAACGCCACUCUUUGCAACCGCUCCGUCACGGUGACGCACAUGGUGGGAGACUCGGCCUCCUCAGCGGAGUUCUUUGUGGGCAUCGCCGUCGUCUGCUUCCUGUACAGCAUGGUGGCUCUGUUGGUGUAUUUAGGCUACAUGCACGUCUACAAGGACUCCGACUUUGGACCCAUUUUCGACUUUGUGAUCACGGCCAUCCUGGUCUUCCUGUGGCUGGUGUGUUCGUCCGCCUGGGCGAAGGGCCUGCAGAAUGUGAAGGACGCCACGGACACGGCGGGCAUCGGCGCCACGCUGGCACUCUGCAAGGGGAGCAACGUCACCUGCGAGGUCACAGAGUUCGCCAGCAUGAGGACCCUCAACAUUUCUGUGGUGUUUGGCUUCCUCAACAUGUUAGUGUGGGCGGGCAACGCCUGGUUUGUGUAUAAGGAGACCCGUUGGCACUCCCAGAAGUUCUCUUCUCAGCCCGCACCUGCAAGGCAGCAGGUCCCUGCACCCAUCUAACAUGCAAUACAGAGCAACACAAACCCCACCGUCACAUACGUGCACACCACCCACAGAGCGCUCACAGACAGACACAAUUUGAGCACACGUGUGCAGAUGUUAUUACACGUACAAAAAAAAAAAGCUUUGAGAAGGUGACGAAGGGAGAUUAAAUGAAGGAUAUUUUGAUAGAUGGCCAGUUGAAAAACUGAUGGAUUCUGUAUUAGAUUUUGACUUUUAUCAACACGCUAGCAGCUGUAUAGGUACACAGAGACGAAUUUGCGUUUUGUAACCCAACAUGUCAUAUAAUUCCUUGCACAUUCAUGGCUUAACUUGAACUGAGAACACUUCAAAAAGCAAUGUCAAUUCCCCAAAAAGAUUUCUUCUGCAGCAGUAGGAGGCUGGGGGGAGGGCAAACGUGUUCUAACUACGGUUUCAUGUGUAGAUUAGUCUUUGUAACUUUUUAUUUCUUACCUGUUUGAUAUACUAUCGCAACACCAAUGCGAUGGUGCAAUUAAACGUGUUUUUUCAUGGCUCCUAUACGGUUUCUUAUGCUUUAGUAAGCAGAUACAUGCACAGACAAUGACCGAACGUUACAGGAAGAUAGGUUUUCUUACUUGUUUUGGGGUAACGGCUGGUUCAUCCUGCUCUAUCGUGUACCGAUGAGUGUAAAAUACAAGAUUUAAUUAGUUUGCCGCAAUAAGGAUAAUGUGAUCAAGGUUUUCAGGGUAACAGACAACAAAAGACAGUUGUCUGUGGUGCAAUAUGAAGCAUAAUACUCUAUAUACCAUAUUACCUUAUCAGAAAAUGACAUUCAUUGUCAUUUAUUGGCACCCAGUACAUUGCAUUUAACAUUGGCCUUGACAUUGAGCAAUAUAUUUGCAUCUGUGUUUAAUGUGUUGGCUUCUUUCAUAUGUUUUUCUUUAGAUUCAAAGCCCCUUGUGUAUCUGUAAAAUGACUCACUCAUAUAUUCAUUCAUUCUUUCAUUCAUAUGCCCUCUAGUGGUGGCUAGCAGGUAUUAAAAUGUCUUGAACAAAGCUAAAUCUAGGAUGAUACAUUUAUAAAUUGAAAUUUAGUGUAGAGAGGUACUCUUUUCAUGAAGCGCACUGAUGAGGUGACUCCACGACAAAGUCAUUAUCCGUCACUGAUUUUCCUCAGGAAGGUAAGUCUGUGCGGACAAGGAUACAGGUUAGAUGUAUUAAACCUGACCACCGUGUAAAAUGGCCUCCGACCCAAAUAUCAGGAGACUAGUUCACACACGGCGUUCUUAUCACAACAUGCACAGUGCACUCACGUGGUGCUGACUGUGGUUUUAUGGUGUACCGUGAGAGGUGUGAGUCCAUCAAGAAAACUUCACUGAAAGUUGGCGACUUAAUUACUUCAUUAAAAUGUUGCAGCACCAAAGUGUGUAAUCCUUAAAUUCCUCUGCGUCCGAAGACUUUGAUUUAUUUAGUCUCAACUCCGGUACCAGAUGAAGGUUAAAUCCUUCCUUGAUAGUGUUGUUUUUUUAUCACUUUGAAUGUCGAAGUGACUUUUUCAUUUUUUUGCAUUACUGUUAAACAGAAACAACUCUGCCAAAGCUCUCGUUUUUACUCCUUUUUAAGCGUAUUCCUUAUCUCUAUAUGAUGUUAAAUCAGUUAUUUUGUUGUUGUCAAAACAGCUGUCUUUUGAUUGUCUAGUUUUUUUAUAAAUCAUUAAUGAGACACCAAGCAGUGAGCUGGUGUGGUGUUUAAUAAACCUCAUGUCACUUCUUUGUCUUAUUUUUCAUUUGAACUAUUUGUGGAUGAUUUUCUUUGAAGGAAUUUCUGAUUUUCUUUUUUAUCUAUUGCCUUUUGAUAUAAUAAAAAUGUAAGUGAUGAUGAAUUCAUACAACUCUGCUGCAAGACAGAGUUGGAUUAAAGCGUGUGUGGUGUACUGGUUAUGCCUCUGCACUCUCGUAAUCAUCAUCCGACCAUAGCUGUGUAGCUUUGUCAAUGAUUCCAAAGCAUUUAACCCGCCAAACGGUCGUCUUCAAGAGAGACAUACAUUCACUCUGUGACAUGCACAAUUUCAAUGUACCUUUGUUUUUUCAAUAAAAAAUGAAUGAUUUUUUUGUCAUUAAUCUCUUUGUGUGUUUGUAUGUGUUCAGUGCACAACAUGCACUCCGCCUGUGGGUGUGUUUGUCUGGCACUUUUCUGUCAGGCCUUCAUAUGGAAGCCAAACAUUUUUUCAAAAACAUCCAUUCAACUUUAGUUUAACUUCACAUCACUGGUCAUGUGUGAAAUAGCAGAUUUUACAGAUUAGAUUUAAACAUCUUGGAGAACAAAAAGUAUGAAAUUGUUUGAAUUCAACU